CCUAUCUACAUGGUCCAGAUCUGUGUCUGGUUUGUGAACACGCUUCCUGACGCCGCCUUGCGCGUUCCUUUCCAUCCGCGUGCCCGUAGCCUCGCUAGUGUGUCUGCGUUGAGGGACUCCACCAGGGAAGAAAUGCCGUCAAAAAUCAUCGUUGAAACCGAGGAACAAGAAAUGGAAACCGAAGUGGACACUAUUGCGGAGGCCAAGAUCCUAAAGAAAAAGAACAAGGAGGGCAAGAAGCUGAAGAAGAAGCAGCAGGAGUUGGAGGUGCAGGAGGAACCAGACUGCGAUCCCCCAGCACCUAAGAAGAAAAAGAAAAAAGACAAGCUGGCAGCGGACCAAGAGAACGGCCACAUGGACGAGGCCACAGACAUGAAUGGCAACAGUGACCAGGCUGAAACACCAAAGCAGAAGACUAAGAAAACCACAGAGGGAGACACAGAGAAAAAGAAGAAGAAGCAAAAGAAACCAAUUGCAGAGGAAGCAACCAAUGGACAUUCCACCCCAAACACCCCUGUUCAGACUCCCAUCCAGACACCGUCCCAGUCAAGUGAAGACUCAGCUAGUGACAGCGAAAAGGAAACGGAGGAGACACAGGAGCAGAAAGAAGGGGCAUUCUCCAACUUCAGAAUCUCCAAGGUCACUAUUGAUAAGCUUAAAGCUCGGGGAGUCUCUUACCUCUUUGACAUUCAGGUUAAGACAUUUAAUCCCAUCUAUGAUGGUGAAGACGUAAUCGCCCAAGCCCGUACAGGAACAGGAAAGACGUUCUCCUUUGCUAUUCCUCUGGUGGAGAAGCUCCAGAACGAUGCAGUCGAGCCAACCAGAGGACGACCUCCCAAGGUUCUGGUGUUGACUCCAACCAGAGAGUUGGCCAUCCAGGUUGCUAAGGACUUCAAAGACAUCACCAAGAAACUGUCAAUCACCUGUUUCUAUGGGGGCAGCUCUUACAAUCCACAGAUUGAUGCGAUCCGUAACGGCAUUGACAUCUUGGUUGGAACCCCUGGUCGCAUCAAGGACCAUCUUCAGAACAAUAAACUCAACCUGUCCAAACUGAAACACGUGAUCCUGGACGAGGUAGACCAGAUGUUGGACAUGGGCUUUGCCGAGCAGGUGGAGGAGAUUUUGGGGUCGUCAUAUAAGAAAGAUGACGACGCCAACCCACAGACUCUCCUCUUUUCUGCCACUUGUCCCCCUUGGGUGUACGAUGUGGCAAAGAAAUACAUGAGACCAGGGUGCAAACACGUUGACCUGAUUGGCAAGAAAACACAGAAAGCUGCAACAACUGUGGAGCAUUUGGCCAUCGCGUGUCACUGGUCACAGCGCGCUGCUGUGAUAGGAGACGUGAUUCAGGUGUACAGUGGCAGCCAUGGCAGAACCAUCGUCUUCUGUGAGACAAAGAAAGAGGCCAAUGAACUUUCAAUGAAUACAUCCAUCAAGCAGAGUACCCAGUCCCUCCAUGGUGAUAUUCCACAGAAGCAGAGGGAGAUGACACUGAAGGGCUUCAGGAAUGGAGUCUUUGAGGUUCUGGUUGCCACCAAUGUUGCUGCUCGUGGAUUAGACAUUCCUGAAGUUGACCUGGUGGUUCAGUGUUCUCCACCCAAGGAUGUGGAGUCGUACAUUCAUCGUUCGGGACGUACGGGCCGAGCAGGCAGGACUGGAGUCUGCAUCUGCUUCUACCAGAGAAAAGAAGAGGACCAGCUGCGCUAUGUAGAAAACAAAGCUGGUAUCACAUUCAGGCGAGUUGGCGUUCCCACUGCAAACGAAAUCAUCAAGUCAUCAAGCAAAGACGCUGUCAGAUUUCUGGACUCUGUUCCAGUGACAGCAGUCGGAUACUUUAGAGCAUCAGCAGAGAAGUUGAUAGAGGAGAGAGGAGCUGUGGAGGCACUAGCUGCUGCACUGGCCCACAUUUCUGGAGCCACAGCUUUAGAGCAGAGGUCGCUGCUCAACUCUGAUGCUGGUUACACCACUAUGCAGUUGGUGUGUUCCCAGGAGAUGCACAACCUGGGUUACGCCUGGAGAACCAUCAAAGAACAGCUCGGGGAAGAGUUUGAGACACACGUUCACAGAAUGAUCUUCCUCAAAGGCAGAACAGGCGUUUGUUUUGAUGUCCCAGUUGAUAAAGUCAAGCAGAUGCAGGAUAACUGGACCGAUGGCCGCCGUUGGCAACUGACUGUAGCCACAGAGCUCCCAGAGCUGGAGGAGAAGCCACACAGUAACCGCGGCGACAGAGGCAGCGGUUACCGUGGUGACAGAGGAGGGUUCAGGGGCGGCAGAGGACGGAACUUUGGGGGAAACGGUGGCCGUAGCAACGGGUUCCGGGGCAAUGGUGGCGGUGGAAACAACAGAGGGGGACACAAACGCAGCUUCAGUCAAGCUUUUGAUUACUGAAGUGCCAACCUGUCGACUGAUGAGACUGGCUGCCGCUCUCCUGUGCUGGCAGCGGUUUUUAUUGGCUGUCAGUGAGAGGGGCCGGUGUGUGGCUGGUGAAAAUCUAUCACAAUACACGCUGAUACAGAUACAUCUGAAAAAAAUUCAAGUUACCACCUAAAACACGAUUAAGAUCAAAUUAUCUGUGAAGAGUCUGUAACACCAUACCGCUGGCAGCCGUUUUGUAACGCCUGAUGUGUGCUACUUUAAAGUGGUGCGUUAACUGAAACUCUUGGAAUGACAUGUUCCUAAAAGCUUGAGUUCCACUGCACGAUGUAAACGAGUCAGAUGCCAUGUAUUGAAUGGCAUAAAAUCAGAAGCAUUGGCUAAACAACCCAUAAUAGAAGUUAAGUAUACAAUUACAACAUGAAAGUUGGAACAUGCCAUCCAUGUAGGUUUUAGGUGACGUGUUACUUUGUUUUUUUUUUUAUACUUAAGUUAUUUGGGGAACUGUGGCAGCAAUCGCACUUAAGACUCUGCACAAAAGAGAAAAGACUCACAAUUCUGACCUAACAAUUUGUAAACUUGACAGUUGUUGCAGGACAUGAUUACUCUACAUGGCCUGGGUAGUUUGCGGUACCACGAAGGUGCUGUUACACUGCAGACGCUGUGUCAUGAGUUUCUGUUCUGCACCCACAGGGCACGGUGAUGAAAUGGGUGUUAACCUUUACAGCAGAGCUCUGGGUCUGAUUGCUGCAUUACCCUCAGCUGAAACUUAUCUCCCCAAAACUAAAUUGGAUGAUUGCUUUGCAAUUGCCUCUAUUUAAUAACUGUGUCUACUGCUACCAUUCAUUUGAAUGAAAUGACUAUUCAUUAAAAAAGGUCAACAAA